UUAGUUACCUAGUAUCUACUAAGAAUCACUAUUUAGAUUUUAUUAACUAGUAUAUAGGAAUUUAUUUAGAUCACUGUUACCUAGGGUAUUUAGAUUAUAUAAUGAUUAAGAUUUAGUUAGCCUUUCUCCCUUACAGAAAGGGUAUGUUAUUCUCUGAAAAUAAAAAUAAACACAACAAGCUAAUUUAAACUUGCAACACUUACCAAUGGAUUUUUGACAUGAUUGUUACCGUGUUACCGUAUUACUAUGGAUUUUUGACGUGAUCUGCUAAGGUUGUCAAUUUAGGUCCUAAAGUGCCUGUCAUCACAAGAGGUGUCGUGAAGGUCAUAGUUUUUUCCAGCACUGCAUUACUCAAAGCCAAAAGUGUGCCAUCUACUGGAAGCAGAUACAAUGAACUACUCCAUUGUCCAUUUGGCAAAGGAAAACUUAGUAAAGAUCCUAUUCCAAUUGGUAGGCAUUAGGACAAAUCACAUGGAUCUUCUGUUCCCCCAUUUUGAGUGCAAUUUACUCUGUUUAUAAGUAAAAUUGUGUGAAAAGGCUCGGACAAUGGCUUGUGAAUUUGUGAUCAAUGCAACCUAACCAAUGAAACUAGAAUUUGUGGUGUAAACUACAGAUAUAUGAAGGAUGAGAGAAUUAAAUUAGUGUCUUUUCUGAGUUGAACAAAACCAUGUGAAAGAGUCAAUUCAAAUACGCAACCACCAGACAUCAAUACCCCACUUAGCCAUAGGAAACAGUACCAUUCACCAGCAAAACUCGUUCUUCAAAAACUCUAUAAAACCAAGUAUCAUAUGAACCCUGAAACACCAAAUUCAACUCAAGCAUAUUCAAGCAUUACUUCCUCCUCUAGUUGGUUACGUGCUAAUCAGAUCAAAACUUCAGGUGUUUCAUACGUUCUUUCAUCUCAAACAAAUGGGGAUUCGAUUGCUAUCCUUGGUUCCUCAUGCCAAGCAAAUCCUAAAGAUGCAGUCAGGUAUCACUAAAAGUCAGUUGGAUGUUCCAAAAGGUCAUGUAGCCGUGUAUGUGGGAGAGAUCCAAAGGAAGAGAUUCGUGGUUCCAAUAUCAUACUUGAACCACCCAUCAUUCCAGCAACUGCUCAGCCGUGCAGAGGAAGAGUUUGGCUUCCAUCAUCCGCAGGGCGCUCUAACUAUUCCUUGCAAAGAGGAUGCCUUUAUUAAUCUUACUUCAAGAUUGCAAGUCUCUUGAAGUACAAAUCUUGAAGUACAAAUCUUGAAGUACAAAGAUUGAAGAAAAACCUUCCAGUUCUAACAAUUUUUCUGGGUUUUUUUCCCUGAUUCAUUAGACUUUUGACUCAUACAAGAAUUUUGUAGAAUGUAACACCUUCCUGCCUGAAAAUGAGUGGCAUUAUAAAGGUGUAUUUACUAACAUCACUGAAUCUAAAGAACAGACGCAUUCAGCAUCAA